GGCUCGCCUCGGCUCGGCUCGGCGCGGCCGGGAUGCAGCUCGGGCGCCCGGCGGCGGCUCGGCGGCGCUGACACCAUGGACAGCUUCGACUUGGCGCUGCUGCAGGACUGGGACCUGGACUCGCUGUGUGUCUAUGAACCAGACAGAAAUGUGCUGCGGAAGAAAGAAUGGGAAAGGAGAAAUCAGGAAACACAGCAGGAAGAUGGCACAUUUAACACAAGUUACUCCCUCUUCAGUGAACCAUACAAGACUAACAAGGGGGAUGAGCUCUCAAAUCGCAUCCAGAAUACAUUAGGCAACUAUGAUGAAAUGAAAGAUUUACUGACUGAUCGAUCCAACCAGAGCCACCUUGUUGGGGUUCCAAAACCAGGGAUCCCACAGGCAUCUGUAGCUAAAGCAGAUGAACAUUUCAUUACAGACUCAAGACCACAGUCCCAGCCUUCCAUCAGCAGUUCAUCCUCCAUACCAGCAGCAUUAUGUGGACAGAACAAGAGCACCACAAUGGGUUGGCAAAAAGUUGGGCAAAAUGCUUCUGAUGGCCAGCAGAGGACAAGCAAGCAUGGCCACAGAUUACUUGAAUCACACAACAGUGACUUCAAAAUGACUAACCAAAAAUCCAGUCUAGAAAAGCUAAAACACUAUGCAUCAAGUCCAACAUCCUCUGCCUCCAAUGCUACACAACCAGGUACUUUAAGAUCCACACUUGGAGACAGUGUCAGCAGAGUGCAACAGCAGUCAAAAAUAAGUUGCAAUGCAGAAGUUGGACCUCAGGCUCAAGAAAGGCCAACAAAACAUACCACUGGGCAUUGUGUUCAAAACUUUCCUCCUUCACUUGCUUCAAAGCCCACUAUAGUGCAGCAGAAACCAACAGCUUAUGUAAGGCCAAUGGAUGGACAAGAUCAGGCUCCUGAUGAAUCCCCAAAGCUAAAAUUAUCUGCAGAAACUAACAAGCACUGUACAUCAUAUAGGGGAGUUCCUUCUAAUAAACCUGACUCAACUAGAACCAAGUCUAAGAUUACAAAAUUUAGCAUUCCCAAGCAAGAAGAGCCAUGAAAUUGGAAGGGAUCCUGCAUAAUAGCACCGAGACAGAGGGGUCUGUUGUUUCACUCAGAUGGUCUGAUCUGUUCAUUCUACAAGAAUUAACUAGCAACAAAUAAACAAAAAUUGUUCGAAGUACCAAACUACUAACAAAUUUAUUUAACAUCAAAUGGGUUUGCUCACUUCACGUUUGAGUUAGGAGAAUGCAGUAGGUUAGUUUUCCAGAGGAGAAAAUGUGUAGAAUACAAGAGCAAUAUUAAGAGUCUGAAAGUACUGUAAGUACUGAAGGUGCUAAACCUGGGCAAUAAUUGUAUACUUUAGAAAGCUCAGGUUUUUUUUAACAAAAUUCCUCCUUUUGGAUUGUUGACAGUGCAACACACAGUAACUUUAUACAUAUGAGCAGCUUCAUUGACCUCAGUGGAACUAGUGCGUAAAAUUAUUCAUGUCUGUCAGUUUUUGCAGGACUGAGGCUUUUUUUAAUAAGUUUUUAGUUGGUUUUUGGUUUUGUUUUGUGGUGGUGUUGUUGUUGUUUUUUUGUUUGUUUUUUUUGCACCCUCUAGUUUUUACUACUUUAAUCCCAACAAAACAACUUAAUUUUCGUUUAGCAUUAAAGGACAAAAACUUUUUCCAUAGUAAGAAAUAUUGCAUAAACAUGCUUAAAAGCCUUGAAAGCAAGAAUUAUGUUGCUUUGAUUCUAAACUUUCUGAGUGUGUUGCUUUCCAUAUGGUUUGUACUACACUUUUGUUGCUAUGGUGAAUUACUUGUUGUUCCUCAUUAAUCUUGACUUGUAGUAUAAUUGCUGUAGAAAUAUCUCAUGUAACUGGGCAUAAGUUACAACUGCCAAGGGAAUUUCUUAACUUACGCACCUGUCUUUUUGCCAGUUUUUCCCAAGCUUGUUUUUGUAGUUAAUGAAGGAUAUGUAUUUUGGACAUUUCAACAAGGGCCUCUCUUACUCAACUCCACCCUUCAAUAAAAUUGAUCUUCCCUAGGGAUAUCAGUUGGAAAAGUUAGAAUGAAAAAGAAAGCUUGAUGCGUGUUAGAAUUCUGUUCAUUUUGAGGAAUAAGUGCUUUCCACCCUUUAUUCCCCAAAUCAACUGGCUCCUUUUAGUUUAUGAAUUAGCUAUGAAGGUAACGCCAAGUACAUAAAUGUAAUUCAGUUGUUGUCAUGGAGUGCUUAGUUCUGCAUAAUAUAAGAUAUAUUAUGUUAACAUUAUUGACAAAGGAAUUAAGUUCCUCCAUUUCUAGGAAUUUUUUAAUUUAAAAAAUUGGUAGCUUUUAUAAUCCAUUUGUGAUGGUUAAUAUAAUGAUAGCUGGAUGUAACCAAAACAAUGAAUGCUAACAGAGACAAAGGAAAAAGGAGAGAAAAAAAAGAAAACAUUUGAAAAUACAAGUAGCCAGUGAGAUACAUGCUAAAAAGCUUUAUUAAAUUGCUUUAUUUUUGGCAGUAAGGGUUUUUAAGUGUUGCAAAAGUAUUUGACUGUUUGAGAAUUUAGCACUGGGUACUGGAUCUUGCUCAUCUUCACAGGCUGCACUGUAAGAACCAUAACUUAUUGUGCUGUAGUCCAGUGCAAAUAUAAGUUAAGGCUGCUUAUGGAAACAUUUUAAACACAAGCAGUGAGCAGGGGACUCGAGCUUCUGUUGUCUGACUUCAUAGGAAUGCAAGCUUCAAAAAAAGCGGGUAGGAUGUGGGUGGCAGAAGGGCAUAUCUGAGAGCGUGGGUUUGAGUUAUGUACAUCUUGGCGGACAAGCACUUAGAUAUGUACUUCCCUUUCUACCCAAUACUAGGUCAAAGUAACUUGUCUGAUACAGGAGUGUUCUUGUGCUGGAUCAGUUUCCAUUGACUCAAUAAUUAUAAUGAAAAUCUCUAUUAAUUCACACUCUUUGCUGCAUAGUCAUAUGCAGCAUAGUCUGUGCAAGAUCAAAAUGUAAAGACAAUUCAAGGUUUUUUUAAUUGUCAAUGAAAAAUGUUCCCUGUUCAGAUCUGUAGUUUCUUUCCCCAGCCUUUAAUUCAUUAGAGUGACAUGAAAAUACAGUUACUGAACAUACGGGGCAUUUAAGGUCAUUUAUGAUUGAGGAGUGAAAGAACCAAAGGAAAAGACAAAGGGCCAUACAGUCCACUGUUAACUUCAGCCAAAGAAAUGACCUAUGUGCACUGUUUGAUAGAUUGGGUUAAAAAGGUCAGAACUCCAGUAAUCAUUGAUAAUGCAUUUGGCAGGGUCAAAGGCACUUCAUUUAGAUCCUGUUGUCACACAUUCAAUUACUAUAAAUGAAAACACAUAUCACCCAAAUAUGUGCAUGCAACACAAACACUUUAUUCACCUUGCACAUCUUGAAGUUGUAAUUUCCUUAGCCUUUCAUUAUAUGGAAGAUCUGUUCCUAUGGUACCACAAAAUAGCUUCCUAGGAAAGCAAUUAAGAGGUUUUAAAAAAAAAAAAAGUUCAGAAAAGAUAAAUAAUGUAGGCGUCUGAUUUCCUGUCACUCUUGGUUAACUUUGUAUGAAAAUGGAUAGCUUCCAAAUUAAAGCAGGCACCAGCCUGUCUGGAGAAAAAUGCAUCUGUAAAGAAAUGUGUACGUUAUAUAUUCAUGCAGUUCCAAAUUUCUUAAUUGUGUUCAAUAUGUAACAAUUUCAUGUACUGGAAUAUGGUACCCUUUUCAUUCCAUGACUUGAAACCAGCUUGCAGGCUAGGCUCAGGAUAGACAUGCUUACCUCCCCCAUUACCAAAGAAACACAUGAACAAAGAGGUGACAUUCUGUGUCACUACUCUACAUAGUAACAUCCAGGAGACAAAUAUGACACCAUUCCUCCGGUCAAGUUAUUACAGUAGCAAUGAUAUUCCUUACAGAAGUUAUAAAAUAUUUUUAAAAGGUUUCCUUGAGAGAAAAAAAUGAACGUAGAAACUACCAGGGAACCGAAAGUGAACCACAGAUUCCAGCUUGUUGAUGUCCAGCAUUUUUUCUCAGAACAAAGCUGUUGGUGAAAAUUACUAUUCGUAGCCUUCUGUAUUUUCUGCAAAUGACUGUAAUGGAGGCUUGUGCAUUAAAAAGAAUAUAUCUUUUUUUUUUUUAACUUGUCUGUUUGGCCAAGCACAUGUUCAAGAAAUGGUAGGAUUUAAAAUUGUAUCUGUUUUGA